UUUGCUUUAACAAUUUGUCAAUGAACUGUACGUUAGUUUAAAACGAAUAUUUCUUAUUUUUCAUUUUGCUAAAUAAGCUCGGAUAUUUUUUUAACUUGGGUCAGUUUCAGGAUAUAAUAAGUUUAGCUUAACCGCAAGAGAAUGGAUGAAGGUAAUGAACAUUUUCUUGAAAAGCGGAAAGGUGAUCCAGAAGAACUAGAACAUGUAUGUAAAUACGAAAAUGACGAUGACAAUGAGCUGUUCUAUUCGUUAGAGAUAAAACAUGCGGAUGACUUUGGUCCUGGAAAUAUGAGUUUCCCCGCUGUAAGAAGCCCUCCAGAAGAAACAUCAAUAAAGAAGGAAUCUGGAUCAGAGCGCACAGUUUCUUCUACAGGAUGUAACGCAGAAAACCAGUGCAUAGAUGAAAACAGUACAUGUGCUUCAUCAACAUUUGAUGGCAGUCGUUCUGUAAUGACUGAACAUAAAGUUCAAAACCCAAAGGGUUCAUACGCAAAUGCAUCUGAUGAACAAUCUCCCAGCAAACGAAUUCAUCAGUGUUUUAAUUUUAGUUCAGACGAUUACAGCCCGGAAGAUUCUUAUUUUGUUGACUUAGAUACAGCAUCUACCACAACGAUUUAUAAUAGAAAAGGUGAAAAUGCACAUCAGGUAUUACCUGACGCAAGGAGUUCACGCGCAGCAAACGAAACAUCACUAGAGAGAAGCACUUCCUGUAUUGACGAAUGUCCAAUCCACGUGGGAGAAAUACUAAAAUACAUGUGCAUGUCUUGUCAUAAACCAGCCUGCCAAGUUUGUUUGAAUAUUGAACACCAGUAUUGUUGUUUCCGCGAAUUUAUUCCUUCUUUAGUAUCAAAGCCGGAAUUCUUUUUCAAAGAUAAAUGUAAAAAGUUUGAAGAAGAGUUGGACCAAUUACAAAAGCGUUUGAAGUUAAGCAUUGGAAAAGUCUCCUUGAACUCAAAGGCUUGUGAAAGAAUGAGGGUCAAAGCUAAAUCUGAUUUCAAAAAACAACGAGACGAAAUUACUAAAAAGUUUGAUUGUCUGGAACAAGAAUUUGACACAAAACUCCUGAAAAUCGAAAGCAGUGACAACGAAAAAUUUCAAAAACUCAUGUCAAGGCAAGUAAAAAUUGAACAAGUGUUGCAAGAGCAUUCGGAAGACUAUUACCAACGUAAAAAUGCGGGAAAUGCGUCACGUAUAUUUACUAAAAUAGAAAUGUCAAGAAAAAUUACUGAGGACAUGAAAAAUGAAUUGUCAGAUAUUGAAAGGGAAAAUAUAAUAAAACGAUAUAUCUACAAGCCAUCGAAAGAUAUUACGGAAUUUACUAAGAACAUGUUAAAGUUAGGGAGCGUAGAAAACGUCGAUUCUAAAACCAAAAGACCAAUAUCAGGUAUUAAUGCAAUCCGAGUGAAAACAGAAGGAGACCAACAUACAUGUAAAAUCAGUGGCUUGGUUCUUUUGUCAGAGAGCCAUCUGUUGGCAGUAGAUUAUGGCAAUUCUUCGCUUAAGAUUGUUGACGGCCAUUAUGUAGUUACCAGUAAACCUAUGACGCCAGCGCCAUUUGACGUCACACUGGUGAGCGACCAAGAACGCACGCAUGACCAAGAUAGAGUAAGUGCACACAUUGUUCUCACGCUGCCAACAGAAAAGAAAUUGCGCUUUAUGGAGUAUACGUUGCCUGAUUCUUUCACAUUCAAACAAGAUGUUGAAACUAAUGGACAAUGCCGAGGUAUUACCUGCAGCAAUGAUAAACUGUAUGUUACAUUUCCUUCGAAAGGCAAGAUAGAAAUCCUUGAUUUGCAAGGCGAGCUGUUGAAAAGAAUCACAACCGAAACAGCUGGGCAGAUGUUUCAACCCCAGUUCAUUACUAUGGAUAAAGAAGGAUACACGAUUUUUAUUUCUGACAAGGAAAAACAUUCUGUCUUCAGUAUGACAACGGAAGGAGAUGUUAAGGCCAUUUUUACCGACCAUGACCUUAUAGAACCACGUGGUUUGUGUGUCAACAAGACCGGUGCAGUUUUCGUAUGCAGUUUUGCUAGCCAUAAAAUUUAUUAUUUAUCCGAAGAGUGUGAUCUGAUAUCAACCAUGUGUGUAGCAGACGACGGCAAUAUGGCGCCGUAUCCGUUCAGUAUUGCAUACUGUGAUAAGAGGGAUACACUCUAUGUUGGACAGUUUACAAAAGACUGUAUAAAAUCUUACAAACUUGUGUAAGGAAUAGAAUACGGAGACGAUACUAGAACCCUUGGUUUAAACAAUAUUUUAUUAAUCACAAUUCAUUUACAACAUGUAUAUAUAUAUCAAAAAAGCAUACAGGAUUGAGUAGGAAGCUGAAAGCUUAUUUGAAACUCUCUCCUUACUACUAGAACCCUUGAUAUAGAUACAGAGCUAAUGAUGAAUAUGGCCCAAGCCAGCUUUUUAGGACCAUUGAAUGAUGUAUUUUUGUGAGAAAAACGAAGAAACAUAAAGAAACUGAAGAAAAUAAUAUGGCUGUGAAGUGACUGAAACCUGGAGAUCCCCCGCCCAACCCGGAUCUAUUUUGCCCUAUACCAUUUCCUUCCCCUCCUUCUAUAUUUAACAUAAAUUAAUAUGUACUUGUUGGAUGUUUGAAGCAACCCGUCUAAAAUAUUUUUCCAUUACAGCUUCUUUUUGAUGUGGGCCUAUUAUGCAAAUGCGUGGACCUGGGGCUGUGUUUUUUUUUUUUUUUUUUUUUUUUUUUUUUUUGGUGCUCUGUACUUCCGAGUUGUCUUCCCUUAUCUCUUACUUUUUGGAAAAUGGAACAUAAAAAUUAUCUCUUUGAUUACGACUGGACAGAUUAUAUAUUGUCCUUAGACUUUGUAUUAUUUAUGUUCUUGUGCAUUGCUCUGACACAUAGUCAAUCUUUGCUGAUACCAUGGGUUAACCAGGGUUUCAGAAUUCUGCAAAUUUACUGGUAGCCCAUCAGGCUACCAAUAUUUUAGUUUGGUAGCCCGGAAAUUUUAGUUAAUUUGGCAAUGACAAUGGCCUUUUUGGACUAUUUGCUAAGUGCUUCUAUAAUACAGUUUGCAGUUGGGAUGGAGUGGUUAAAUCAAAAUAGGUUUCGUAAUUCUAGUCAUACGCAUUUGUUGUUCUAGAUCUUGUUUUCUUAAAUAACAAUUAUCAUCACUCAUUUUUACUAAUUUUUCUCAUCCUUUUUUAAAAUUUAGAAGUAAAAAAGAUUUAAACUGGGAAUUCUUCUCCCUUCAAUUACAUGACAAUCAUAAAAAGAAGUCAAUCAAGUUUUAUAAACUUAGAAAAAAUUCUUAUUAAUUGCAUUUUAUCUUUUAAAAUCAUUUUCAGUCGACAAAUAAUUCUGUCUUUUAAUAAGUCUAUAACACUUUGAGUUUUAUAGUUCGUCUAUUCUUGUGUAUGACAGAUUUCAAGAAGGAUAGAACAGUUCAUAAACUGACUAAUACAUUUUUUUCUUUUCAUGUCAUGAAUAGCGUAUCCUACUUUUAGCAUAUAUAUUUGUCUUGUUUCGUUUCAUUUACAUGUAUGUUUUACAUUCAUGUUUUGUUAAAAUGCAUAUAUUUUUUGUUUGUGUUGAAUUUGUACAUUUUUGCAAUGCAUUCUGUAAAGCCUGUUUAACUUGUGAGAGUGCUAUAUAAAUAUAGUGUAAUACAUGUAUAAUGAAAAUAAUGAUAAUAAGUGUUAGGAUUCCAUGUUGAUUGACCGGUGCAAGUUGGUGCUUGCUAUUCCAUUAUAUAUUUGUUUGUAUCGUACCAUGUUUUUUUUCUGAUGAUGUAACUCUAUGCUUAUUUCUAAUUGUCUUUAAGAAUGUUGAAAACUUUUUUCUUAAUCAAUUAUUACCCAAUUGAGACCCAAGUAUUUUUAUAUUUUUGUUAACAUCCUUAUCUCUAACGAAGCUUCUAUCCAGAUAGUUCAUCACUGUCUUGAGGACAAGUAUCCCUUGUAAUAAGGGAUGCUAAGCACGUCAAAAUGUUUGGAAUCGUCGGCAGGACGAGAGGAAAGUACCCAAAGUGGACGCUCUAUAUCACUAGAGGCUGAUAUGGUUUAGUAUAUCGGAAAGGAAAUGCAAAUAUACGAAGUUUAAAUAUCAAUUCAGAAAUAAAAUUUCAAACAUA